AUGGCCCCCAACAGUGGGCGGCGGAUCCCGUUCUUUCCAAAGGCGGAUGCAGCUAUUCUGACAUCGAAGCAUGCACCCCCGCCAACUCGUCCACAGACCGUGGGACCCGUCUUCGAUCGGGAAAAUGUAAACCGGCCGAUCGACCCAUGGUCAUCAGACGUCGAUGCAGAAUGUUAUCCCCAGACAGAGAAUUAUGCGCCCGCGACAGUCCCCGAAAGGCCGCCUUGCUUUUCCGAUCGAUACCUACGUGCCUCCCUUGCCGAGAAUGAAAGACUCCGAUUGUCCAUGCUAUGGUACUAUACACGCGAUGUUCUCAAAGAGAAUGAGUUUCUCUCGGGCCUCCAGGAGAAAGCGUAUCUUGCCCAGGAAUCCACUGGAUGGGAGUUUUCAGUGAUCGGCAUUCAGGAUGUCGAUUUCUAUAUCCGAUUGGCCACAGUGGGGCUUGAGCUAGGCAUUCUCCCGCGUGGGGAAACUAUCUGUGCCCACACAGUUACCCAACCUCCUGGUAGUGUCUUCCACUUGCCGAACAUGAUGGAGGACUGGAGGUUCCAAGAAUCACCAUAUGUAGAACUUGGGGGCCUUCACGCAUACGCUGGCGCGCCACUUCGGUUGCAGACCGAGAAUGGAGAUUCCGUGGGUCUUGGAUCACUCUGCGUGGCCUCGAGUAAGAUCGAAGAGCCAUUGAAUAAAUCACAACACCAGGCUCUGGUUCGUCUAGCCGACUGGGUCGUCUCUGAUCUCGUUCAAUGUGCAAGAGCAAGACGCCAGCGGGAUCGACGGCGAAUGUCCGAACUCCUCUCUAUGGUUCAGAGAGAAACAGAUGAUACGGUAUCCGAGGAGCCUGUCCUUGGCAUCUUGCGUACUAUAUACCCUGAUGCAAUAAUCAGCAAACAGCCAUCCAAUGCAACCCAUGUCAAGAUUGAAGGACGCGAUCCGAUACUAAUGUCUGAAUUUGAAGAUGGAAUAUGGGAAGACAACAACUACUUUGACGAUUUGAUUGCAAAUUCAAACCAUCUUGCACUUCCGUCCGAUAAGGUAGUACGCAUCAUCACCGCUCAAUGUGAAUGUACAACAGGGUCAUCGUUACUCAUCGUGGCAUCCAAAGACAUAAAACUGGUAUUUGACGAUAUCGAUUCGUGGUUUGUUCAAAGCUGCGCCGAUACGCUCUCGCAGAUGUGGCGGAAAAGCCUUCUGAUAGAAGCAAUGAAAGCGAAAGAGAAGUUUCUCCAAGGAGUUUCUCAUCAGCUCCGCACGCCGAUUCAUGGCAUCCUUGGUUCCGUUGAACUCCUAGCCGAGGAACUACAGUCGCGGAAUUUGAGCGACUCCGCAACCCAAGUAUCAGCACCGAUGAAGGGAACAUCGGAGAUCGCUCCACGUGAUCCUUCCAUGUAUCUCAAUAUAAUCAAGAUGGCGGGUCGAGAUUUGACUUCAAUCGUCAACAACAUGAUAACUCUGAACCGAUGGACUGACAUUGCCAUGACAGACCGGCAGUAUGCCCUGCAUACUGUCGAGGAACUCGAGGCAGAAAUUGAAAGUGAGAUACUUAAGCUAACAUCCGGAGACGCCCGCUAUAAGACCUCUAUAUCUUUUACUCGCCACUUGCCCCCAAGGUUUGAGAGUUUCCGAAGUGAUCUUGGUGUGCUCCGAGACAGUCUUGUUCCGUUGAUCAUCAACUCAAUCCAAAAUACAUCAGAAGGCAUUGUAUCGAUAGCCAUCUCGAUAGACUUAGACUGCAAGCAACUUACUGUCGAUGUCAAAGACACUGGUCGAGGUAUCCCUGUCGAUCAACAACAGCGCAUAUUUGAUUCCUACGAAAAGGUCAGCUUGCACUCAGCAGGUGCUGGAUUGGGCCUCACGUUAUCAUCUAAGUUUGCAACACUACUCCAUGGGUCCAUCGAUCUAGUUUCAUCUCAUGUUGGCCGUGGCUCCCAUUUCAGAGCCACAUUCCGGGAACUUGAGUUCAUCUCCUCAAACCCACCGCAGUCACUGGCUUCAAAAUUCAUUAAUCUACCUUCCAAAUUCUUCAACCUGGAGACCACCUCCGACUGCGCAUUUUUGCGUGAUGAUUUUACCAAUUCUCUUACAUGCAAUGGCUUUAUUCGCUCAGACAGUAUUGAAGAUUGCAUAGUCAUUCUUGAUGCUGUGCCCGAUCUAGAACUGCACCGCCUGCAUUUGUCUCAAAUCCCAUUCGGACAAGUUGCCAUCUGUCUUGUCCCUGACUCGGAAGCAGGGAUUCAUCUUGAACGCACUGCGAAUAAUGUCGUUUAUGCUUAUGGACCCUUUUCGACCUCAAUCAUGUGCUCUUCGCUUGAAAAAGCACAAGAUAUCCUUGCCGGAGCAGAACUAUCCCAGCCGUGCCUGCAACCCAGUAACUCUUAUAUUUCUCCUUCGGAGCUAUACCGCGACCCAAGUACAGACGAAGAUGCUACAUCUCGUUCAUCAACAUCCAACUCAAUACAUUCCAGCUCAGACGCCAAUAUACCAGCAACACUUUUGCCAGAUCUAGCAGCUUUUGGGGACUUGAGAAUAUCAACACCGACAUUCCCUACUUCCAUAACUUCGCCUAGGCCCAUUACUCUAAUUGUGGACGAUAAUGCCAUCAACCUCCGCAUUAUAGAAAUGUACUGCAAGAAACGAGGAUUACCCUUUUAUUCCGCCAUGAAUGGCCAGCAAGCCGUUGAGAUGUUUUCCCAGCGUCAAACACUGUGUGCUGGUGGCGAUGAGUCUGCGUUUCAACUGAUAUUUAUGGACUUGCAAAUGCCAGUCUGCGAUGGAAUUGAAGCGACUAAGCAAAUACGAAUUUUGGAGGAAGGAAACCAAUGGAGGAAGAGCACUCUAUUCAUGAUGACUGGCCAAGAUAGUCCAUCCGAUAGGAUUGCUGCGGAAGAUGCUGGCACCAACGAAUACCUGGUGAAGCCUGUUGUUAUUAAGGAGCUGGACCGUGUUGUGAAACAAUAUUUUCCGGCGUUUGAAGUUAUUUAG